AUGGAUAUUCAGUAUGUGUACCAGAAGGAGCGUCGGGAUUUUGGGAAGCAAUGCUUCUUCAGCGACAAGAAUGAGUUGAUUUUCUCCGAAGGGCCCAACAGGGCCCUCUUCAAGGAGUACAUCCUUCGCAAUCCAACGGAUCGUGAGACACAGAAAAGCCGCCAAAUGUCCGCGAGUGAGGCCAACACCGAGAGGGCAGUUUAUGAGCACAGAGGUGUAAAUCACACAGAAGGUGGUUGGCCGAAGGAUGUUAGUCUUGCUGAUCCUGAGCAAACGGUGCGGUACAAGAGGAAAAUUGAGAAGGACGAAUCGUACAUUGUUCAAGUGAUGAGUCUCACGAAGCCAAUGGAGCACUGCAUCUUCCAGAAUAAUGCUGUGAAUAUCUAUGAGAACUACUUUGAGGAUCUAGAACCGGCACCUCUUGUGGAAAAGUGCACCUCCAGGACGGUCAACGUCUACAGAGAUCCCUCAAAGACUCCGAGGAACGUAACUCACUUAUCGUGGUCCCCGGAUUCGGGAAAACUGGCUGUAUCGCAUUGCAAUAGAGAUUUCCACGAGGAUAGGUCAGCGCAAUGCAAGAAUUCCUACAUUUGGGAAAUUGAAAACCCCAAUGCUCCUCUGCAGACUUUCGAACCACCCAGUGCCAUCAUCUGCCUGGAGUACAAUCAGAAGGACCCCUCGAGUCUUGUGAGUGGAAUGUUUUCCGGACAAGUUGCUGGCUGGGAUACACGACAGGGAAGGAAGGCUGUCUCAAUUACCGAUCGUGAGGUGAGUCAUCGUGAUCCCGUGAAUUCGGUGCUGUGGAUUAAUUCCAAGAGUGGCACGGAGUUCUUCUCUGGCAGCUCAGAUGGGCAGGUUAUUUGGUGGGAUACACGGAAGCUCAAUGAACCCCUUGAGCGUCUUCUGCUGGAUCCCAUUAAGACAGACGAUCAGAAUCUCGAUCGAUCGUACGGAUGCUCUGUUCUUGAGUACGAAACGACAAUCCCAACGAGAUUUAUGUGUGGCACACAGCAGGGGAUGCUAUUCUCGUGCAAUCGCAAAGGGAAGACACCCAGUGAGAAGAUUAACAUUCGGAUUAUGUGCCAUCUUGGGCCAAUUUACACCGUUGCAAGGAACCCGGCUUUUGUGAAGAAUUUCCUAACCGUUGGUGAUUGGACGGCAAAGAUUUGGUCGGAAGAUUGUCGCGAGAGUGCCAUCAUUUGGACAAAGAAUCACGCAUGCCUCCUCACGAGUGGCGAAUGGAGCUCAACAAAAGUCUCCAUGUUCUACAUAAGUCGCAUGGAUGGUGUUCUGGAUGCGUGGGAUCUGCUACAGCAGCAAAAUGAUCCCGUUCUCAGUAUCAAAGUCUGCGAUGAACCCAUUCGUUGUCUUCGUUCCCACGAAGCAGGACGCCUAAUGAGUGCCGGCAGCCAGAAGGGGGCAACGUAUCUCAUUGAAGUCAGUGAAAAUAUGUCCUUUUCCACGCGCAACGAUAAGCCCCUCUUCACAGCCAUGCUGGAUCGUGAGUCGAAGCGUGAGAAAAUUCUCGAGGCAAAAUUGCGGGAGUUGAAGCUGAAGGUGCGUGCUGCACAGCGACAGGAUGAGGAUACCGAAGAGGCACGUGCAUCGCGACAAGCUGCCAUGGAUCGUGCCUGCCAACAGGCACAACUUGACUACUUCAAGACAAUUGAGAAGAUGAGAUCCUCCCGCAAUCCUGAUCUCUAUCCAAUGAGCGGAGACGAGGAUGAGGACACAGCCGACCGGUCAGAGAGGAGUCAAAGGGAUACGGAUACGAGUGAAAAGCACUAGAAAAGAAAAGCUCUGUAUCUAAGCAACGUCCCC